GUGGUUAGCAGGCUCAUCCUUUGAAUUGCGUUUUUGUUAUGUUUUCGCUAAGAUCACAACUCAAUCUCAACGACACAAACCCGUCUUUACAACAAUAUGGAGUGCACCGUUUGCUUCCACCCCUACACGGAGACUGACCGUGCGCCAAAGAUCCUCCAAUGUGGCCACACCUAUUGUUACCAAUGUUGUUUGAACCUAGUGCAACAACGAGAAGAAACCGCGGGGCAGGACGAAGAAACGCCGGUGAUCGUCUGUCCGAUGUGCCGCACCCACAGUCUGAUCACCCAAGUGAGGAACAACUACGCCUUGGCAGAAAUUCUCGCCGCAAACGCCGAGCAAGCGGCGAAAGCAAAUGCGGCGGGUGGAACAAGUCAGAAACAAAAUGAAACCGACGGCGGUUCUGGUUCGUCUUCAGGUGGUCAACAGCAGCAGCUCCUUUUGCUACAACAGCAGAACCAACUACAGCCAAACAACACACUUCAAGACGCCACCUUCUGCACGGAGCAUGUCAACGAGCAAGUCGACACCUUCUGCCUUACCUGCGAGAAGUUCAUUUGCCGCUAUUGCUACCAAUCUUCCAAUUCUUUCCACGGCAAGCACGACCGGUGCACACCAGUGCAGCUCCGGGACCAAUUAUUAACCACUCUCUCUACGAAAAUCCAAAAAUUGGAACAAACCAGGCGGAAAAAAACUACCGCGUUGCAAAACUGGGAGGAAAAACAGGAGCAGUCCUACGAAAUUUGCAAGCAGUCCGGGCUGUUUUACUUUGAGCAGUUGAUGUUUGAAAUCACAAAGCAACGGACAAAGUUUUUGCAGUUGAUGCAAAACGCGUCGUCCGUGAUGAACAGCAGAUUACGGGAACAGCAGUUGUCGAUUGAUUUGCUGAGUGGGGACUAUCACGAGAUGGUGAGAUUGGACCAGGAGUUGAAAAAUGUCGUCAUGCUGUCCUCUUCGGGGAGUGCAGGCCAAGGCGGUUCCAGCAGCUCUUCUUCUGCCAACGUGAACACCAACAUGCAGAAUGAAGAUCAGAAAGUGAUCAAGGCGAUUGGCAAAUACCUGGAGCACCACAUGCUUUUGCAGCAGCGGACGCAGAGCCGGGAGGUGAGCGGGCGGGAUGUUGUGUACGGAGGUGCUAGUACAACAACUGCUGGAAGAAUAAAUGCCGUCGGAGUAGGUGGUCAAGUCAGCAGCACCCCGGGUUUCACCCUUCGAGACCUGCUGCAUAGCAGUGAAGACGACAUUAAUCUCCAGGACCAAAACGAAAACUCAGCGGAAGACGAUUUGAAUCUCGCGAGCAGCAUCGCGAGACUCGGUUAUCCGAGUUCUGGUUCGAUGUUGAACGCGAGUCCGAGUAGAGGGGAAAACCAAACUUCAUCAGCGAUGCGCACCUCCACCUCCUCCGACCAACGGGAAAGAUCCAGGAGACGGUCUAGUGGGGAGUUGGAGUUGCAACAACGGGAGACGACCGAGAUGGCGAUCUCGGAUUUGAGCUUCGUCCCGCUGGUUCGAAUCCCGCUGGAGAACGACUUGUUCCGCGUGGAUGAGCGCGAACAGCAUGCGACUGGUGUGGUAAACCAGCGGCAGGGGCAGGUGUAUCAGCAGCAAGUGCCUGGUACUACGCCGCAGCAACACGCUGGUCAAGUGUCGUCGCCAUCGGUACAGGGAAUUCAGCAUCAGAUUCAGCAGCAGCAGCAGCAACAAAGCCCGUCGUCCUUUCAACAACAGCAGCAGCAAUUUUACCAGCAGCAGCAGCAGCAGCCUUCAAACAUUCCCAGCAACACAAACUACACUUCCGCAGCGGCGGCUUUGAACAACCAACUCCGGAACAUCACCGCCAUGGGAACCUCCCCGACUUCCGCGCAACCCCCACCCGGCUCCGCAUCCUCGUCUUCCUCCGGGUCCGGGCCGGUUGGCACUUUUCAACACCCCGCGAGCCGAACGGUGCCACCUCCGAGUCCCGGGACAAUGCGCGGGGGGUAUUUUACGGGGAUAACAGGACCGAGCGGAGCACCAGGUGGCUCCAUUCAGAGUCAGCAAUUUUUCGCAAAUAGCAAUACCAAUCAGCAGCAGCAAAAUGUCGGUGGUUUCGGAGGGGUUGUUGCACCAGGAGGAGGAAAUAUUAACAAUAGCUACACCGGAAUCAAUAUCGGUAGUUCUGCACCGGCCCCGGGUCCUUCGUUCCGCUACCCGGGAUUGAACCCACCGGCGAGUAAUUUGUUGAACGGCAAUGACUAUCCUGUGCAAAAGUAUCGUACUCGUAGUGAUUGCUGCUAUGCAUAACAAAUCUCCUUUUUAUAGGUAAAACAGCAUUACAAAUUUCAGUUGUAGUGCUAAGCAAAUUUGUAAUGCAAUUGCUACUAGUACGAUGCUUUUGCAAGGCAUAAUGACAAUGACAUUAAUUACACGGUGAAUCAGCGGCUCUUCUCCGCUACCUACGGAACGGGGAUCCGAGCAGGCGUGCCGCCCGGAACAACAACUGGAGUACUAGCGGGGAAUAUUAAUCCCCUCGCCGUGACGAGAACCAACGCCACUGUCGAGUCUCAGUCGUUGUCCCAACAGUCCGGAAGUAGUUUUGGAGCUUUAGGUGGUGGUGUCGGGGCGGGAAAUGAACAAGAUUUUCAGGCGGAUAGCCCGAGCAGGAGACUGUCCUUUGCCAACAUCGCAGCCUCGCCGUCGAGGUUUGGGAAUCCGAAUCAACAAUUGAAUGGUGGUGGUGUUGGGGAUCAGCAGCAGUGGCGAUAGAGAAUGAACUACUGUUAUCAUGGCGCCCUUUUUGAAGCUUUGAACUUUUGCUUGUUUCUGUUUCUGCUUGAGUCAAACUUUUGCCGUCUGAAAUGCUCUGAAAAGAUUAAGAUCAUGUACACUACUUUCUUGAAGGUAGAAG